UUUUUUUUUUUCUGUUAAUCGUCUCUCUCUUGGAGAACCCUAAACCCAUCCGCUUCCCAAAUUUGAUAAGGGAUAAUCUUCAGCUGGAGAAAUUUAUCGUUUGUUUAAUCCGAUUUUGUAUCUGCGUAACAACUUCGCUCAAACCUACGUGAAAUAAUGGCUACGCCAAUGGUUGCAGGUGCUGCUGUAGCUGCCGCUGCUCUAGCUGGUAGAUAUGGUAUAAUUGCUUGGCACGCCUUCAAGGCCAGGCCAUCCAUCCCUAGAAUUCGCAGGUUUUAUGAAGGUGGUUUCCAAACUUCCAUGACACGCCGAGAAGCUGCUCUCAUUCUCGGAGUUAGGGAGAGGGUAGCGGCGGAGAAGGUGAAAGAAGCUCACAGGAGAGUGAUGGUUGCAAACCACCCUGACGCUGGAGGUAGCCACUAUCUCGCUUCUAAGAUCAAUGAAGCCAAAGAUAUGAUGCUUGGCAAAUCCAAUAACUCUGGCUCUGCUUUUUGAUUCUCAUAUAUAUUGACAGUUUUAUUCCCAGACUACUGUCUUUUUUCACUUUGGUUUUGUGCUCUACUUGUUUGUGUAUAUAUCAUUAUUAUGUUUCUUUGCAAAGAAACAUGUGAUUA